AGGCUUUUAAACGUUUUAUGAACAUAGGUGGGCAAAGAACGUUUAUGAAGACAGUGAAACGUUUGCUUGUUGCCGUUAGAUGAGUAACUGACUGGCUAUAUACUGUAUGUAAUAUUUGUAUCUGACACUUUAUAUAUACGUAGCAAAUACCUGCCAUUAUUAAAUAUUAUUAAUAAAUAAUACAAUCAAGCUAAAUGAUCUGAACGAUAUUUAUCGAAACUCUAGGCAAGCAUACGAAAUCGUUUCGGAACCUCUACAUUCUCUCGGCUGCCCGAGGCAAGGGAAAAUGACAGAGCUACACGACGGAGGCAGCAAAGUUAUCUUUCCAAGCAGUGCCAGUGUGGACAAGAUCGUCAAGGUUGAGAACAUGAGCAAGUCAAUGGAGUUACCACAUGAUAUCAAUGACAACGAGAAGUGCCGUGACGUAGGACUUACCAGCGACGGUGACGGAGAGAUGAGACCUCCUGACGGUGGCUGGGGCUGGCUUGUUGCUCUUGGCACCUUCAUCAUCAGCUUGCUGAUCCCGAUGAUUAUGCCGUGCUUUGGGGUGCUCUUCUCACAUUACCUGAUAGAGGAAGGAGCGACCUCGACCACCACAGCCUGGAUCUUCAGCGUCCAGUGCUUCAUCUGGAACAUAAUGGCACUGGUUACGCGGCCGCUCAUCGGAGAGUUAGGCUGGAGGAAGGUCGGAAUCUUAAGCUCUGUGUUGACCAGCAUCGCCUUCGUUAUCUCUGCCUUUUCUCCUUGUCCUGAGUUCCUUUUCUUCUCGAUUUCUCUCUUAAGUGGUAUCGGCGCAGGGAUUGCGGUGAGUUUGUGCUUCAUUAUAUUGCCACUUUACUUCGAUCGCAAGCGCGGAGUGGCUAACUCUAUAAUGAUGGCUGGGAUCUGCAUGGGCCAAAUUGUGGGGCCACCAGUCGCUCGCUUCCUGCAAGACGAGUACGGCUUUAAAGGAGCAACUUUGAUCAUUGGAGCCCUCAUUCUUAACAGCUGUGUGGGAGCUUGUUUCUUUCAUCCAGUCGAAUGGCACUUAAAAAAAACUCGUCGAGAGGCAGUGAGUCUUCCUCAGGAGGAUGAAGCGUUGCUGUGUGAGCAGAACGCCAAAAGAAACUCAGCUGCCUCGAACUCACAGAUAUCAUGUAACGAGAGUAAAGGUGACCAGGACUUGAUGCCAUUUGCUAUGUUAAAGAAGCAACGCGGAGGACUACACAGUGCCGAAGCUUCGAGCAUUUCUCGAAACAGCUCGUCUCUCUGUAUAUCAACAAUAGACAUAGCCGGCGUCGGAACUAUACCCGUCAGUGAAUUAAUUGAAGAACCAUAUCCCUACGUCCAGGAUUCCAACAGAUCCUCUUCGUUUUGCAUUUCCAAAACUUUUCUCAGAAUAGUCCGCGGCACUGCUAAAGAUCUAACUAUUCUUCGUUCUCCAAGAGUCUGCAUCCUUGCUCUAAACGGAACCUGUUUCCUCAACGGAUACUUCAACUUUAUGAUGAUUGUGCCCUUUGCGAUGCAGGCUGCCGGGCGUAGUCUGGAGGACUCGGCUUGGUGCAUCUCCAUCUCAUCUAUCUGUAACCUUCUCUUGAGAGUGGUGGUGUCUUCGCUCUCAGACUUCCCAAGGUUCAACAAGCGCGCCUGCUAUGUCUCCGGCUUUGUCGUAACUUCACUUACCAUGUUCACGUUCCCGUUACUGGUGGAGCUGAGGUGGCAGAUCUUAACGAUGGCUGGGUUCGGCUGCGGUAUCGGGGCCACCAUGGGUCUCUAUACGAUCACCAUGAUCGAUGUUAUGGGUUUAGACAGCCUGGCCCCCGUGUUUGGAGCCACCAGCUUCGCUGUGGCCUUCGGAUUCCUCUGCUUCGGACCCAUGAUAGGUAUAGUAACAGCAGCAGCAGCAGCAGCAGCGGCGGCGGCGGCGGCAGCAGCAGUAGUAGUGGUAGUAGUACUAGUAGUAGUAGUAGUAGUAGCACAGUAGUAGUAGUAGUAGUAG